GUGGAGCUGGAACGGGGGAAGACGCUGCACAUCAAGGCCUUAGCCCUGGGAGACCUCAACCGGGCUGGCCAGAGGGAAGUCUUCUUCGAACUGAAUGGACAGCUGCGCUCCAUCCUGGUCAAGGACACCAAGGCCAUGAAGGAGAUGCACUUCCACCCCAAAGCCCUGAAGGACGUCAAGGGCCAGGUGGGGGCUCCCAUGCCUGGGAAAGUCAUCGACAUCAAAGUGAAGGAAGGCGGGCAGGUUGAGAAGGGACACCCGCUCUGCGUCUUGAGCGCCAUGAAGAUGGAGACCGUGGUCAACUCGCCCAUGUCAGGCACGGUCAAGAAGAUCUAUGUCAAGACUGAGAUGAGCUUAGAAGGGGAUGAUCUGAUCCUGGAGAUUGAGUAGCCGUCUCGUCCCAGGGACCCCAAAAGCUGCGGCGGCUUCUGAGCAACCUGCAGGGCUGCCGAGAGGCCCUCAAAGCAAGUUUCCCAGCUUUCAUCACUGGACCCCCCCUUUCCCUCCCCUCCCCUCCUCUAGGGGAGGAGCAGGGCUUAAGGAGGGCAGGGGACUCAUUGCUCCCCCCUCCUCUGCGAGUAUCGUGGCACUCGGCACUCCUUGUUGCCUUCCUCCUUCCGGCAGAGAGAAAAGGAGCCGAGUGUGAAGAAACUGCUGUGGCUGCCCACCCCCAUCUCUCUUGCACCCCCUUUUCCUGGAGGCUGUGAGCCAGUUUGGCAGUAGAAGCGGCCACUUCUGUCCCAGGCGGGGCAAGGGGUGUGGGUGGGUUUCUUCCUCUCCAGCUGCCUCUUCUGCCUCCCUCCUUUCUCCUUCCUUUCUGCAGGAUAACCUUUGCCCCCAUUGGAAGCUUUUUUCCCCAGAGGGGGAGCGGUCCCUCCCUGCUCCCUCCCUUCAUCCAUCCACCUCAUCCCUUCCAUUUCAGUUGCCGAACCGAGGAAGGUUGGCUGUGCCCAAGUUUAAACCUUGGGCCGCCCCUUUGCGACGUUAAAGCCAGCUAAGCCGAGACUCCAGGAUUGCUUUGGAGGGGGUGCAGGGGCUGCCGUCCCUCCUUCCACCACUGGAGGCGGCAGUGCAACCAAAUCAUGAUUUUCCUGUUGCCAAUUAUUGGGUCGAUCAUCUGGGCUGGGCCUGAGAAUCGUGGAUGGAUUUUAGUUGGGUAAAACAAGGGAAGGGCAAAACUUUUAAUGGAAGCCCUUGAAAUAAAUGAAAUAAAAUGC